AUGCGGAUUUCUCUGUGUUUGAUGCAGAUGGCGAACUUUCUGCAACAAAGACAACCUUUUUCAAGAACACGUUCAUCGUGACGGGUCAGUGGGAUGGAUGGAAUAUCAUUUUGCUGCCUUCUUCUACACUUCGACUAUGUCUGAGAUGCGAUGGUGUCGUCGCCAAUUCCUUCUUUUCCAACUCUUUACGAUCGCUCUCAGUCUGUCAACCCCAUCGUAGAAACACUGUUUCGGAUGAUUUUCUCCCUCUGGAUGUCGACCUCAACCACUGGCCAUCACUUCAACGAAUCUCUCUUUAUGGCAGAGCCGUGGUGUGGAGCAAAUUCUCAUUGGUUUUCCUCGGAUAUGUGGGAAUUUUUAGGGAAGACACCAAGCUUAGAAGAAAUGGUCUGUUUACUUCUUUUAUUAAGGAUCUUGCCUGCUACCCUGAUUCCUAUCCAUCUUUGGAGGAAAUUGGGCUCG